CUUAAGAAAGACGAUGAGAGGAAGAGAUUAGUCCAGACUUGUUGGGAGUGAGAGAUCAACGCAGUACAGCAGACCCGACCAAUACUGAGGACUCCCCUAUUCUCAGGCAAAAUGAAAAAAGGUUCCACUGUUUGCCAAACACACGCCAAUUCUGGCUCUGCCAACCGUUUCCUGAUAAGAUCAAAAGAGAUUUGUGCUAAGACUGAGAAUCUCACAAAUCAGAACUACAAGAACAAGCAAAAAGCUGGUUAUGUCAUGACACACAGCCAGGAGCACAAAGAGCACCCUUUCUUAAAAGUGCCCUCCUCCGGUUCAAUCGUGCGUUCUGAUCAGAGGAGGAGCUCAGCAGACUUCAGCAAGAGUUCUCAGAUUGUUGUUGUGGAGAAGAAAAAGAAGGAACCCCAGCCCCCUCAGCGAGGAGUGUCUCUCCUCAGACCUCAUACAGUAUCUCAUUCUUCAUCCAAACGUUACUCUUGCCCUGCCAUUGGGGGCUUAAGCUCACUGACUCGUCCUUCCUCCUCCUCCUCCUUGUCCUCGUCCUCCUCCUCAUCCUCCUCAUCCUCUUCCUCCUCCACUACUCCUGUCCAGACUUCUGUCAUCACCGGCCGCGAUCCUCUAGGCUGGAAGUUGCGUCCAAAGUCCAGUUCCUCCUCUCCUAGGGCUCACACUAAUAGACUGUCUCUGCAGAUUCCACUCCCUGUCAUCUAUCCUUCCCCCGGAUCAAAUCCUACAUCUUACACUCAGUCAGAGAAGUCUUUGAAUCCAGCUCCCUCUCCUAAGACCCAAUCCCCACUCAGACCCAAACCAUUCCAUCACCACCACCACUCUGAAUCCUCAGCCUUGCCCUCCUUUCUGACUCCGGGUCCUGUGGUGACAAUUGAGGACCUCAGGGCCCUUCAUCUCCUCGCGGUCUCCAAUUCUUAUGAAUCUGAUGAUGUUUUCAGUGAAGGCAACGACGAACAAGAACUGAAGAUGACCCCUCAGCCGUGUAAAAUACCACCACCUGUUCCGGACAAAACUUCCAUGGCAAGACAAGUCGCACAGCUGAUUGCUCAUUCGCGCCAACGGUGCAGGAUUUGUUCAGUUUAAGACAAUUUGGGCAAGGUGUUAAAGACAAAGCCUCAAUAUCCUCAGCAGACUGAGGACAAAAAGCAGUAAGGGUAGUAGAGUAAAAAAAAUAUUGGAAGAAAAAGAUUUGAACAAUGACUGGUUGCAAAUACUGCAGGAGAAGCCGAGAUCAAACACAACAUUGUCAUGCAAGUUUGAAGAGGAGAUAGUUGCAGAUUCCUUGGUGCCUUUUACCCUGAUUAGCUUUUUAUUGAUCUCAUCCACUGUGCGCUGUGAGGAGAGGAGUGGCUUAACAGUGACAGUCAAUGGUAACAACAUUUUCUCUGCGUCAGCGAGGCGCUGUGUGGAUUCCACCUGCAGCAAGGAGACGUCAAAUGCAAGCUUCCCUGGCUGAUGAGAGAGGAGAAUCGAUUCUUCUACCUACAACACCAUUAACCAACAGGAAUGAUUUGACUGGUUACAUCGUGUAACAUUAUGUCCUCAGUAUGAAACUUGAAAGUGUAUUUGCUUAUUAAAUAACUAAAAUGUUCAAGUUUGAUACCCUGCUAAAAUAUAAAUAAAAAUUAACUAAAAUAUUAUUGGUAGUUAAAGCAUCACAAGCUGGAAAGUCCUGGAUUCAAUUAGACUAUUUGUUUUACCAGUGAUAUCUGAUAAUUUCACUAAAGAGUUCUGUCAUUAAAAAUACAUUUGACUGCAUAUAAAUAUAUAUAUAUAUAUGUAUACACGUGUGUGUGUGUGGCAGGCAGAUUAUUUGUUUACUAAUUGUAUAUUCCUACAAGAAACCAGCACCUGAGUACGUAGGUACCCUGUUAGUUGUUCUCUCUCUCUCAUAUAUAUUUCUAUAUAUACAGUACAUGUAAAAUAUAUGUAUAAGGGCUGUCAAAUGCUUACAAUUUUUAAUCCUGAUUAAUCGCUACAUUUCAAUAGUUAAUCAUGAAUAAUCACAUUUAUUUUGCAUGUUUAAAAUUAUAUUAUUUUGUACUUUAGAAUAAAAAUUGUUAGGCUUUUAUUUUGAAUCUAUGUACUGUCUUAAGCUGAGAGCGUGUUACUCGCUGUUUGAAUUUAACAUUGCUUUUAUUUUGAAAUAAAGUAAGGACCUUCAGGUAAAUAGAA